UAAUUGUGUUCCAGCUGUUAAAUGCCAGAAAUCACUCUAAAUGAUUGGAGCCAGGAAGCAACGGAUUUACACAAUUCUCAGAUGGCGAACCGCGAGUGUUGCGGUGUCUCACGGCAGUAUGCACGGAUGCUUCGCGUGCCCGCUUGGUUUGUGCUACCGGAGGCAUCGACGUUAUAAAAUCGUCUUAAAAUAAUUAUACGUUUGCAUUUAGGCAUUGUGCAAUUAAAUGUACUACAAGGACGACAUGGCGAACAAGUCGGUGAAAUGUCUUGUGUGUAAUGAAAUGUUCACGAAGAGGAGUAAUAUGUAUGCACAUAUGAGAAAUGUUCAUAAAUUAAAAGAUGAAAAAGAUCCCGUACCUCGGAAGAUUCGAAAAAAGACUGAACUGUGCAUGGGAUGUGGAAAAGCCUUCACUAUGAAGCACAACCUUCAAAGACACAUGCAAAAAAUGCACGAUGGUGUUGCGAACUUUGCUCAUAGCACAAGAAUUAAGUGCCCCGAGUCAGGUUGCGAUGAGGCCUUCCCUACAUAUUGUCAUCUGCGAGAACACCUAACCGAACAUCACGAAAAGGAACUGUUUGUGGACGAAAUUCGAUUUUCUUCGGAGGAAGAUUUUUUCCAAUGGAAAGAAGAGAUGCAGAUAAAGACUGUUUCAUUAUUCGUUGCAGAUACUUCAAAAAAAACAAUGAAAGAUGGAACUCAGAAACUAUAUUACAACUGCCACCGUUCUUACACCUACAGAGGAUCUGGCCAAAACAAAAGACGGUUAAAAAGUGCAGGUGUUGUGAGUUCUAUUAAAAUAGGAACAACAUGCCCAGCCCGAUUGGAGGUGACAAUCAAAGAUGGAAUGAUGCAGGUCAAAUUUUGGAAAACUCAUAUUGGUCACAGUAUGGACCUCGAGCACAUCCACUUAAGCAAAGCAGCACGAACUGAAAUUGCAGAUAGAAUGAAACUAGGACAUUCUUUUCAGCAAAUUCUGUAUGAUAUCCACAAUGGUAAAUUACAGAAUAUUGAUUCUCGGAGAGGUCAGCUAGUUAAGAGGAAAGAUCUGCAUAAUAUCUUCAGAGAUUUUCAUAUUGGUUCGUUUCCAAAGCAGGUUGUAAAUGAAGCAAAGAAUACAGAGAUUCUUUCAGAAGACUUGCAGCAAUUAGAAAAUGUGAGAAAUAGUGGUUCAUUUGAAGAAAUAUUUGAUGUCAUGCAAAAUAAAACUGUUGAUAAUAUUGAAAAUCCAAAUGAACCUUCUGAACAUAGUUUUCAUCAUUGCACUGAUAUUUCUGCUGCAUCUUUGAAGCAGCAUAUCUCCACACCUGUCCUUGAAGAAAUUCAUCCAUUCACUGCCGAUGGACCCCUUCUGUUUUUUGAGGAGCAACACUCACACGUCCCUACAGUUCUUGAGUUGACAGGCAAAAACCAAGAAUAUUCUGUCACUUAUUAUGAAGUUGGGGCAGAAGAUUGUGCCGUUUCUGACCAAGACAUUACUAAUGAAAGAGAUCAAAACGGAUUUCCUGUUGUCUUUGUUGAAAAUGAGAUUCAAGAAAACAAUGAUAUUACUAAUAAAACAGAAGAAGUAAUUGCAAAGAGCAGUCCAGCAAAAUCAAGCGAUAUUGGCUGCCCUGACUGUGGUCAGAUGUUUACAAAACGAAAGAAUUUGUAUGCUCAUAUGAGAAACAUUCACAAAUUGGUGGGUGCUAGUGACCCUGUCUCUCCACAGAAGCGUUGUAAGACUGAGGUGUGUUCUCUUUGUGGUAAAGCGUUCACCAAUAAGAAUUCCCUUCGAAGGCACCGGCAGAAGAUUCACAAGGAGGGCGUUGCAAACAGCCACACACCCAGGAUUAGGUGUCCUGAGCUGCACUGCAUGGAGGCCUUCUCAUCGUACAGUCACUUGAGAGAGCAUCUCUUCAUUUUACACCAGAGGGAGCUGGUAAUGGAAGAAAUGCAAUUUAGGACUGAGAAAGAUUUUCAGCUGUGGAAAGACAGUAUUCAAGCCAAUAACGUUUCAUUUUAUGUCUUGGAUACUUCAAAGAAAAUCAUGAAAGAUGGAACAGAAAAAAAGUAUUACAAUUGCCACAGAUCACAUAGUUACAAGUGCACUGGGAAAAAUAUUCGAAAAUUAAAGCGAGCAGGUUCUAGUAAAAUUGGUCGAACUUGCCCAUCAAGACUAGAAGUAGUUGUUAAAGAUGGUCAACUUGAUGUUAAAUUUUGGAAAACUCAUGUGGGCCAUAGCAUGGAUAUUGGUCAUACAACGUUAAGUAAAGCUGUGCGCACUGAAAUUGCUGAAAUGCUGAACCAAGGAGCAUCAUUUGAGCAUGUGCUAGAUCUAGCACGUAAUGGAAAACUGCAGGCAAAUCAGUCCCAGAGAACUCCUCUCAUAAAGAGAAAAGAUCUUCAUAAUAUUUGCAGAGAUUUCCACAUCUCGUCCUCUUGUUUACCAUCAGCUGACAAGAUGACUGACGUUAAUUGGUGUGUCCAAGAUUUUCCCAGAUGACUGUUUUAACAGCAAUCAGUCUCUGUGUGAUUCAAGACCAUGAAGAGUAAAUUUCACUAUAAACAUUUUUCUUUAUAUUUUUUUUUAGUACAAUACAUUAAAGUGAUGUUGGCAUUGUUUAUAAAUGUGAUAAGUGAUAAAUGUGCCUGAUACCCUGUUGCAUCUUGGCUACCUGAUUAUGUACAAACAUACUAUUAUUUUCAACAAUUUUAAUUGAACUUUUUUUAUUACUUGGGUGCAUUCAAGGGAUGCACUAAAGUUUAAUGUGUGAGAGGUUAAUCUUAAUAGUUUCCAAUUCUGAGACUUUUAUAUCAUAUCUAUGACAAAGGAACAGAGUAAGCAAAUUAUGUUUUGAUGUGUAAUGGAAAAUUUUCUUUGAUGAAACAAAUAUAUUUUUUAUAUUUUAUACUAGCCUGAAUUCCCAUUUUUCAAAAAUGUUCUAACAUGCAAAUUCUACUAUGAACACAGUGAUCAAUUUUGAGAAAAACAAGGAAAAUUU